AUGGCAGGAGAGCUUCACGAUGGUACCGGAGGAAGGAAGCGAAGAGAAGAGCGAGGAGAGGAGAGGGGGAGGAAGAGGAGGAAGGAGGAUUCAGACAGCAAGGAGAAGAAGAAGGUGAAGGCGACUAAGGAGAAAGUCAAAGGUCAAGCGCCGACGCAUGGAGUACAACCUCGAGGUACAGAGAGGAUCAAGCCAGGAGGAGAGCAGGCAGGCGAAUGCUCGGAAACCGCUAAGAAGAGAGGAAGAGAAGGCAUCGGAUUAGAGCUGGACAAGACUCGAAGCGGCACGUUCAUGGUGAAGAGAGUGGAGGAGUGGGCGAGGCAGCUGCUCCGAAGAGUCAAGCAGGAGGGGAAGGUAGAGAGACUGUGCGAGGUCAGGGAAGGCGUUCUCGUUCUCUCUGUCGGGGAUGUUCCCUGCAAGGGCUGCUCGCUGGAGGAGGUGAAGGCGCUGGUGCAGCGACAGCUGAAGGAGGACGGGAGAGUCAAGCUGACUUUCUCUCCUCCAUCUCCUUCAUCACACGAGUCGAAACAUUUCUCCUUCUGGCUCGCUCCUCAUUCGAUCCCCACGCCUUCCAUGCCUCACCUCCCGCCAUUUUCUCGCCAUUCAGGCAGCAAGAGAGUCUUGGUGGUCGGUGCCGGAGUUGCGGGACUUGCGGCGGCUCGAAAACUUCGCAUGGCAGGCGUGGAGGUGGAGGUGCUUGAGGCGCGGGAGAGAACGGGAGGGCGAGUUUUCACGUCAGCCAUGACGAGAGCGGAAGAUCUUUCACCCGUCUUUGUUGACCUCGGUGCCUCUUUCAUUCACGGUUGCGAUGCUGUUUUGAACCCGGUCUACGCCAUGGCAGAGCAACUAGAUGUGAAGGUGGACAAGGCUGCGGGGGGAUACAGCAAGGGGUGGGGGGAGACGGCGGCCUGCACAGCAUCAGGAAACCAUUUGAUAUGCUGUGGAGAAUGA